AUCUCCGCAUCACUUUUAACUGUUCAUCUCUGUUAAAAUCUUUCAAAUGCUGUUCAAAUUUUCAUUAACCGUGGGGAAACUGGAUUUUCUGCGAUCUGAGACGUAGAGUCAGUGAUUGGUCAUUUCGUUUCAAGUGUUUGAUUCGAUCUUGAGCGUUGGAUCGAAAUUGUUAACGUUGGUUCUUUUUAGAUUUUAGAGUAAAUUUGAAGCAGGUGAAAGAUGAUUCUUCAGAGUCUUGGGUUUAAUCAUUUGAUUUCUUGGGGUAACGUGAGUUUUGGUCAGAGAAAGCUAGAUCGAUUCAGAGCUGCUGGUAGGUGUGUUUAAAUAAAGAAUUGAAAAAGCUGAUUGACUGGUAGCCGAGAGAACUGAGACAGAAACAUUACCCUAGGUGGAAAUGUUUGAUGUCAAAGAAAACCCUAAGAAAAAAUUUCCAGUAUUCGUAACGAUGGUCGACCUUGAAAAUUCCUCUACAGCUUCAGGUGAAGCUAGUGUUUCUUCUUCCGGUAACCAAACCCAGAAGCAAACUUCUUCCAAAUCCAACUCCAAGAAGAAGCGCAACCUCCCUGGAAUGCCUGAUCCAGAUGCAGAGGUUAUCGCUCUGUCUCCUAAAACCCUUUUGGCGACGAACCGAUUCGUGUGCGAAAUUUGUAGCAAAGGGUUUCAGAGAGACCAGAAUCUGCAGCUUCAUCGACGAGGCCAUAAUCUUCCUUGGAAACUAAGGCAGAGAUCCACUAAAGAAGUGAAGAAGAGGGUUUAUGUGUGUCCUGAAGUGACAUGUGUCCAUCACGAUCCAGCUAGAGCUUUGGGUGAUCUUACAGGAAUCAAGAAGCACUUUUGUCGGAAGCACGGCGAGAAGAAGUGGAAAUGUGAUAAGUGUUCUAAGAAAUACGCCGUCCAGUCGGAUUGGAAAGCUCACGCCAAAGUUUGUGGUACAAGAGAGUACAAAUGCGAUUGUGGGACUUUGUUUUCAAGGAGGGAUAGCUUCAUCACCCACAGGGCCUUCUGCGAUGCUUUGGCAGAGGAGACCAAAGCUCAGACUCACCCACAAAAUCAGAGUAAGGCGGAAAUUAGUUCAAAAUCAGAAGCUGAACCCAAAGUUCAGGCUGUUGAUUCUUCUACAUCAGCUGCGGGGGAGCCAGAAGCAGCAACUCCGGCGCCAGCUCCGCCUCAUUCAGUUUUACCGACCAAAAGUUCAGAGGUAGCAGAAAAUCCCUCCCAAAGUCUUGAGGAGACACCUGCAACAGGGGGUUUAAAUGGAAGUAGCAGCAGCAGCAGCAGUAGUAGUUCAAGCAGUGUUGGAACAACCAGCAGCAAUGUAUUUGCAAGCUUAUUUGCUUCUUCAACUGCCUCAGGAAGCUUACAGCCUCCUCAAACUCAUGCAUUUACCGACUUGCUUAGAGUCACGGCACGCCCGAAAUGCCUAGCUGACCUGACUCUAUCACCAAAUGAUCCAGUUUCUCUCUGCCUCUCCACUUAUGGUUCUUCAAUGUUUGGAAAUACAGGACAAGAGUGGAGGCAAGGCACACUGGCAUCACAGCCUGCUCUGUCAGCCACUGCCCUGCUUCAAAAAGCUGCAGAAAUGGGCGCAACAACUAGUAAUACUUCAUUGCUUCGUGGUUUAGGAAUUGUUUCAUCAUCUUCUCAAGGACUAGGAGAUUCUGAGAAUGCAUCUGUUGCAGCAGGGCUAGGAAUUGGGCUACCUAGUGAUGGAGGUUCUGCAUUGAAGGAAUUAAUGAUGGGAACUCCUUCCAGUUUUGGUCCUAAGAAGCCUACUCUUGAUUUUCUUGGUUUGGGAAUGGUGGCUGGUUGUUCAUCCCCCCACACUGCUAUAUCAUCUCUAGUUCCAUCUAUCAAUGGUGGUGUCGAUGUGGCACCAGCCUCAUCAUCUUACGGAGGAGGAGGAGAUUAUUCUAGCAAAAGUAUGGGAGGUGGUAGCUCAUAAAUAUGAUCCUAGAUUUAAAUUUAAAAAACAGUAAAUUCUAUCUCAAUUGUGAUGGGAGGAAUUAUGUAAAUUGUGUAUGGUUUGCAGAGAAGGGAAAAAAAAAAAAAAGAGUAAAGAAAUGCCUCAAGCAGCAAGGCAUUAAUGGCAGUUGGGUCAUUUUCUUUUCGUUGUUCUGCUGCCUCUUCUGGCAUGGAAAUAAGCAGGGGGGAGUUGGGUGUGUUUAGACUUUUGUAGUAAAGCCAAAAAUCUGCAGACCCCAGUAAGUUAUUAUUAUUAUAUUUCUACUGUGGUAGAAGUAAGAUUUUGAUCAAGCAAUGGGGUCUAGUGCAAGGUCAUUUGAUUUUGAUAGAAUUCGUUGUGUUAGGUCUGAAAAGUCAUAGAAAUUUAUCAGACGGCAGGUGUUGUCUGUCUAUCUCCAGGCAUGAAUGAAUAUGUAGUUGAAAUUUUAGCUAUGAAAAUUAAGUUUGUAAUCGUUUUCAACUGAAUGAAAUAUAAUUAUUGUCCAGUAGUA